AAGAUGAGUAACCAGCCAGGACUGCUAAAUCAUGGCCACAUUUAUGGAACGAUUAGCUUUUCUUCAGAAAGUCCCAACUCUGAUGAAGGCCACAGCAGAUGAUGAAAACCCCUGUCCUGGCUACCUUUUCCAAGAGAUUGGAAAAAUCUCCCAUGAGUCUUCAGGCUGUGGUCAGUGUUUGUUGGAGUACCUUCUGGAGAGGCUGCAGGUGGAGUCCUGUCAUGUCAAACUCAAGGUGCUGAAGAUCUUUGUCCAUCUCUGUGGUCAUGGCUCCAACCAUUUCCUCACAGAGCUCAGAAGGAAUUCCACCUUCAUUCAGCAAGCAUCAGUUUACAGUGGCCCUCCUGAUCCCAUCCACGGCACAGCAUUAUACCAGAAAGUGAGAAACACGGCACAGGAAGUUGCUCGAUUGCUUUUCACAGACAUGAUUUCCACCAAAAGCGACAUCUCCCCACUCAACACAGCCACCCCAACAAUGGGUAUGGGCUCAGCAGCUUCCCACCGGUCAGGAAUGCAGGGUUUUGGAUACAAUCCAGGGAAGCAGAUGGCAGCAGGCAGUGACUCACUGCUGGAUAAGAUCCAGAAAGCUGCUGAGGUAGUAGCCAGUGCUGUCUUACCACCAACUGAGCACCAGGGCAUCCGUCUCCAUGACAACCAUUAUCGGGCCGUAGUUGCACCCUCUGCGCCCAUAGAGGUGGCCGUGCCAGCGUGUGCCUACAAUCUGCCUGCUCGCAAACCAAAAGUGUUACCACUACCUACAGCAGUGACCCAGCGGUGUCCGGGGCAGGUCGGAGGCGGCUGGGAAGAGACCGACAGCGGCAACAGCUCCUCUCACAACUCUUCUCAGGACAUCGCAGCCUACAGCAGAGCAUCUGUGGGCAGCAAGUCAGCCGGCACCGGCAGCCAAUCAGGGGCUAGUAGAGAAAGCAGCGGGGACCUGUUUGAGCGGGUGGAUGCCUUGCAGUUGGGGGACUGUGGUCAAGAGAUGGCGCUCAUCAGCAGAUUGUCUGAAGGCUCCAGAGUUUUCCUGUCCAGAGAGGAGAGCCAGCACUUCAUCAAAGAGUGCUCCACUCUUAACUGCGAGGUUGUUUUGGAGUUGCUCUCAAGUAGGCUUCAAGAUCCCUCAAACACCAUUAAGAUGCGGGCAUUGUGUGCUGUAGCAUGCCUCAUGACCUCUGACCUCCUCUCUCUGGAGCAAAUGUUUGCUGCUACACAGCGAAAGCUUCGUCUGCUGAGUGAAGGGCCUCCUGGACCUGUGGCCAACAAAGCCACAAAGAUUUUGCGACAGUUCGAGGCUCUGAUAUGCGGAUCUUUACACGCUACCAGGCACGAGCAAGCAGAAGCAAGCAGCAGCCCCCGGGCAACACCUAAUCAACUUCCUACAUCUACAUACUCAGACCCUUUCCUACCAACCCACUCUGCUGACGACAACAACCUCAAACACUAUCAGGUGAAGGACCUCCAGCCUGAUAUCUCAUCUGCAGAUAUCAAUCAUCCAUCUUCCCCUUCUAGUCUGGCCUACAGCGGCUCCUCGGGGGGGCUGAUGAAUGACGAUGAUAAGGGGUCUCUCAUCCAGCAAGAGUUGGCUCAAAGCCAUGUGGAGCCUGUCAGGACUGCUGAGGUUAAACCGGCGGCUCAAGAUUCAGAGUGUAACGCAGACUUGAGCUCUUCCCCUCCCUCUGAGCCACGAAAUGGGCAACCCAGUGUGAGCAGACUGUCCCUGUUCAGUGGUAUGGAGCUGGUGACCAAGGGGAGACCACUGUGUGACAGGCCUCUCAGCAAGAGACAAAUAUCCCAGACAGAGACAGAUAUGGAGGAUGACACUUUAAGGGAGAGUCAAGCUGUGCAUAACUCUGACAGUCCAACAGACUUGUCUCUCCCUUGUUCCAGUAAAACCAGUGAGGAUGCUUCUUCAGUUUGCGGUUCAGUUGUAUCCGGCAGCAGCCAACCAGUAUCGGCCUUCUCAUUUCUCAACUCUUGACCACUGAGAGAGCAACUUUUUACAGCUGGGACAGUUAAACCAAUGAUGUCAUCAAGUAUUUCUUCUCAGAAAUAGAUUUAAUUGUAUGACCGAACAUCAGAUCUGUAUGGUUAUAAUCAAACAGACAGCUUAUUCACUCACGUUUGGGUUUUCACUUCUUAUAUGUUCGGUGCCUCCUUGGAAGCUGUAUUUUAGCAGCAGCUUUAGUCAGGAGAAAUAGAUUAUUUUAAAAUAUGAAUGAGUGGUGCAAUCCUGUUCAUCUGUGAGCGAUCUUGCUGUAUGUUUCUGUCUUAAUUUCUAACAUGUAUUUCAGUAUGGUUGUCUUGAAUUACAGGUUAUUACUGACAGUUGCUUUAUCUCAGGAUUCCUUUUAGGUAACUGAAACAACUUGUACGCCUCUGCAGCACGCCAUGAACCUCUGAGAGGGAGAAUCCCUCCAUGUGGUAUUUGCACUACAACUGCUUUCUCAAUGGACUCAUAAACUUACAAAUGAAAGUUGUCUUCCACUAUUUUUUUGGUACUAAGCUAUUAUGUUGAUGUAAUUGUUGUCUGAGUGUUAGUUUACAAAUAAUUUAUUAUGUCCAGCCUGUAUUGAUUAAAACACACUCAUGAGAUGUCUGUGGUUAUAAAAGUCUUGUUUGGAGAACUAAUGGAAGAAAUAAUAAUUGAGAUUAUUGUCUGUGUGUGUAACUGUGUCAGGCUAAACAUCUGCAAUCAGCAUAAUGCAAAAUAUCACCAAAUAA